GUAACUAAUCACUGUAUCCUUCCAGGAAUCUGUCGUGUAACACAAAAUGGAACAGAGUAUUUCGUAUACCAGCGAAAUCAAACAUUCUACCAAAAUCUGAACGCGCCAGUGGAUUAUAAAAGGUCGAUAGUGCAUGACCAAAAGAUUGUGCCCAAUACAGUUCACGUGGCAUGGUAUGGAGGCCCUAAGAAGAACACAUUCUUAUUCCACCACUUGGUGUGCCUGCAAUCCAUCCAUAGAUUUAUUAAACCCAAGUACAUUCUGUUCUGGUUUGAUAUGACACCAGAAGGGAAAUACUGGGACCAGGCCAUAGCGCGGUUCCCCCAGAUAGUGCUGGUGUACAGGGCCCCACCCCAUGUCGUCCUCGGACAGCCCGUCAAGGUACCGGAACACCAGUCAGAUGUAGUCCGACUCGAGGCCCUCAUGGAGUAUGGUGGUAUCUAUAUGGACCUGGAUGUCAUCGUCUUGAGGUCCCUAUCGCCACUUCAAUCGUACGACGUUACUAUGGGAUACGAGACACUGGAUGGACUCUGUAACGGGAUGAUGGUUGCGAGGCCGUGGGCAGACUUCCUCAGGAUCUGGUACAAGGAAUACAAGACAUUAGACGACAGUGUGUGGGGCUACCAUUCAGUGCUGCUUCCUGCAAUACUGGCACAAAAGUACCCCAACCUCAUUAACACGGAAUUCAGAUCCAUGAACCACCCAAAUCCUGUAGAAAGCAUGUCACUCCUGUACGGAAACAAGUCAUUUGAUUGGGAGACUUCAAAUUAUGUUGUCCACUUGGAUUCGAACCCAAGAAAUAGCCAAAAAACUUAA